GACCUGAGCGAGUUCUACGGAGGAGGGUCGCCCGGAGGAGGAGAUCCAGAAGGAGGCACCGACAGCGACGCCGAGGAGGCGGAGACACGACGACGGGAGAGCGAGGGAGGGAGAGGAGGGCGCCGGGAGGGAGUAUGAGGUCUCGGCCAACGCGUCCGUUUCCCUGGCGACUGGCGACGCCUUCCUCGCCACCAUCCAAGAGGACAUUGAGGAGGAAACGCAGGACGAAGAGGAAGAAGGAAAGGAAGAGAAGAUAGGAGAAGGGAGGGAUGGCGAAGAAGAACAAGAACCGGACGAGCCACUCGAAGACGAAUCCGGACAUUGGCUCUUCUCGGCGGACACGGAUACGGACUCGGUCAUUCACGUGCCUUACCCGGAAGCAGGGAAGGAGAAGAGCGAAGAGAACAACAACGGAGACAAAGAGAAGGGAGAAGAGGGUCCCUGUAGCGAGGUCGACCCGCAUCCGGUUCAUGGCGACUGUACUUCCGGUCCUCAAACUCCUCCUUCCUCCUCCUCUCUCAGUUUUAGUCGAACCGCAAGCGACGCAGGACUGCCGAGGGCCGCUUGCGACGCUCCGGCGACUGCGGCAACGAGUGCGGCAGUUUCGCGACGCGAUCCGAAGCCACCGGCCGACGAUUCGAACAUUUCGGGAGCUUCGAAAAAGGGCGCCAUGUUGAGGUCGUUCGAAGGCCCGCCGAGCGACGACGUCUUCGACUUCGAGAGUUUGGAGAGUUGCGAGGUCGUGGUCACGCCCGGGUCGGGAGGGGCGGCCGCGGGCGUGGUGUUGGGCGUGGGGGCGCAGGAGGGGCGUGGGUGGUCCCUGACGAACGAGGUCCCCGAGGCGGUCUUCAACACCUCCGCGACGUCGGAGCCAUUUAGCGACGGAUUCGGACACGGCCAGGUGAAACAAGAUGGCGCGCAAAUCGAGAUUCAAAAAGAGCCGAAAUUUUUCGAAUUAGCGGGGAAAUCCGACCAAAAUCUGACCCAAAAUCUGACCCAAAAUCUGACCCAAAAUCUGGACCUGUUCGGCCUCCCAGUAGAAUGGAGUGAGAGAGAAAACAGGCAAGAAAGAUGGGAAGAGGGAGAGACGGGAAGGUGGCAGUUGCGAAUCGAGGAAGAGGCGGACGAGAGACAGAGAGACGAAAGGGAGAUAGAGAGAGACCGACGAAUGGAGGAAGAGGAGGAGACGCGGAUAAUUGCCUUCGAGUCCAAUUACGAAGGAGACGAAGAGACAGACAGAGAUAAUUACCAUAUUUCCACUUCCUCGUACGACGAAGAGGAAGAAGAAGCAAAGAGAGAUUCAAAGAGCAGAAAGAGGAGG